AUGCACGAUUCAAAGAGUUUAUUUUAGAAAAUGGAAGGAACAUUGGCUGAAAAAUUAUGUGUUAAAGAAUUACUAAAAGAAUAAGUCAUAAUCUAUAUCUAAAAAACAAAGGAAUUUGUACAAAAAGAGAUUGUGAUUUCUUUCAACUCUUUAAUAAUAGAGAAUUAAUUCAUAGAGUUGAGCAAAUGUUAAUUUGAGUAGAGAGUAAGCAAGCCUAAAAAUAGUGAAGGAUUUAAUAUCAUUAUUAUUAAGAAUGCUACUUGUAAAGAAUUCUUAAUUACUUCAAAUCCUCAACAGUGUCUUAGAUUAAAGAUCUAUCUAAAAAAAUUUUGUGUUCACAAAAAUUACAGUGGAAGAUAUCGAUUUAUUGAACAGAAAAACUGUCUACCUCUUUCCCAAUCAUAUAAAGUAUUAAAAUAUAUACAUAAAAUUAGAAAAAUAAUCAAUAUUUCUCAACAAUCAAAUUCGAAAAGAAAUAACUAGAAGAAAAUUAAGAACUACAAAUAUUUCACAAUUAAUUAACCAUCAUGCAUGCGUUUUAAUUAAUGCCUAAUAUCUUUAGAGUAUGUGAAGAUGCUUAAAGAUAUUAUAUAUUAGGAGAAAACAUGAAAUUAUAAUCUUUGGAAUCACUAUUAUUGAAUGGAUUUGAAUUUAAAGAAGUACCAUUUGUAUCCAUUAUUUUCAUGAUCUUAUAAACCAUUCAAAAAUAUCAAGCUAAAUCUAUCUAUCAUGGAAAUAUCAAUCUAUAGAAUAUCUAUAUAAAUACUGAUAGCUAAACUCUUUAAAUUACUUUACUCUUUCCAAAAUAUAAUGAACAUAAUACUAAAAAUAUAGAAAAAGAUAUUUUUAGUCUAGGGAAAUUACUCUAUUAAAUUACAUUUUAUACUUAGAAAGGUGAAAUAAUGAAAGAUGUUAAUCUAAAAUUAAUUUAAUCCUUAAUGGAUAAAUGGUCAGAACCAAAUUCGUAAAGAACUCAAUAUAAAUUUCUAUAUCGUAUUAGUUAGCUUGAUUUAUUAAAUUAAUUACUUUCUUCUAAAACGACAGUAGAGUUAGCUUUGAUUCAUUAAUGGUUUGUGAACAUUAGAUAAAACCUAAAAAUUGAAUCUAAAUAACUCAUGUCUAAAGCUCUUCUUGCAACAAUCAUGGAAGAAUAAGAAUUUCAUAUUACUUCUUCCCAAUUUUUAGAUAAUCAAAUUACAAUCACUUAAUAAAGUGGUUAAGAUUAUGGUAAUAGAAAAAUAUAAUUAUAUAGAACCUGAAGAAGAACUUUAUCCUAUUCGAUGUUAAUUGAUUAAUACAAUUCAAAUGAUACCUUCUAAAUAAAAACAUGAUGAUGCUAAAUUAUAUUUGUAUAGAUCGAAGACAUUUGCAAGUUCAACGAUUAAAAGAGACUCUUUUCCAGAAAUUACAAAAUAAUGGACUUAUAAAUGA